AUGAGUCUUCUCAAAGAGCGAAAACCAAAAAAGCCACAUUACAUCCCAAGGCCUCCAGGGAAGCCCUUCAAGUAUAAAUGUUUCCAAUGUCCAUUUACUUGCAAUGAGAAGUCUCACCUUUUUAAUCACAUGAAGUAUGGUCUCUGUAAGAACUCCAUUACUCUCGUAUCAGAGCAAGAUCGAGUUCCCAAGUGCCCUAAGUCUAGCUCAUUAGACCCCAAGCAAACCAACCAGCCAGAUCCCACGGCUAAGCCAGCCCCCACCAAAUCUGUUACCAAUGGACUCUGCAGCUUUGACUCGAAGCUUCAACAUAGCUUUGCCAAGGAAGAUGCCAAGGAAAACCUGGAGCUGCGAGCUCGGGGGGCCCACAAGUGCCCAGGACAGAAGCCAGUUCUCCAUAAGGAAACAGCACCCACGAGCCCAGCUCCAGAAGCCACCCUCAACUCCCAGCCUGUUCUGGAAGGCGUGGUCCGACCUUCCGCAUUUGUUCCAGUUGGAGAGCACAGACUGAAAGGGCCAGGCGACACCGAGGCACCUGAAGCCCUGGCAUUCACCAACCCUACCACCAAGGCCACAGCCUUCCACACCAAGUCUGCAUUCCAUGCUCCUGGCUACUCCUGGAAGGCCGGCUCACCUUUCCUGCCCCCAGAGUUUCCACAUAAAAUCUCAUCUACAAAGGGGUUCGGGGCCAUUUCCCCCUACAUGCACCCUACAGUCUCAGAGUACCCACCUCACUUCUACACAGAACACGGGCUGGCCACCAUCUACUCACCCUACCUGCUGGCCGGGAGUCCACCUGAGUGUGACACUCCCCUGCUGUCAGUCUAUGGAGCCCAAGACCAAAGACACUUCCUGCCUCACCCGGGGCCCAUUCCUAAACACUUGAAUCCAUCUCCAUCAACAUAUGAUCAUUACAGAUUUUUCCAGCAAUACCACUCAAAUCUGCCAAUUCAUUAUGGAUUUUACAGGCCAGAGUCUGCAUUUUCCUCCUAUGGUCUCAGACUCCCACCUGUCACUGGUCUCGCACGAGACCAGAACUCUCAAUUACUUGAAGAAGCCACCCUGGUCUAUCCAGCCUCAAGUCCUUCUAAGCUAAACCCUUCAAACUCCCACAAAAAACACAUAGAGUUUGAAAAAGAAAGUCUAACUCCUGAGGCUAAAGACCGCUCCAAAACUGAGCAGAGGGACACAGAAGGGGCCAAAAUGAGCCCUCGGGCAGGCAGCGCAGCCACAGGCUCCCCAGGGAGGCCAAGCCCCACCAACUUCAUGCAAAUGAGCCAGACCCUUGAUGGCCUAUGUGACCUCUCCAAUAAGGCGGCCUCAGGUGCCCUGGGAAGACUCCACCAGCCAGAACAAGGCCUCACAGCAUUCAAGCCUGUCAAGAAAAGUAUGGAAGGCCCCCUUGCCCAGACCCCUGAAAACAGAACAGAAUCUCCAAAAAGUCUUGAUGCAGUGAAUGGAGACCCUCCAUCUCAGAGAGGAAGUGCCUGUCUCAUCACGGAGGCUGCGCCCUCCAGUCCAGAGGACAGCUCCAGGAUAGGCCCCCUCAACCUCUCCAAGAAAUCAGAGACAAAACCAGUGGCCACUCAUGGACCUGUGUAUCAAGGCAGCUCCCAGGAGGCAACCCCAGGCUUCUCAGAGCUACAGGACCUGCCUCUCAAUCUCUCAGUGAAAGACCCCUGCAACAUCCAGGUUACAAGGCCUGCCUUCCCCAAUCAACCACAAGGCGUAGAAUCUGCUGCUGCUGCUGCUGCUGUUGCUGCUGCUGCUGCUGCUGCUGCUACUGCUGCUGCUGCUCAAAAAACGGAGACAGAAAGUUGCAGAGAUGGGCCAAGCUACACAGAGACAAAGCAAGCCGGCCUUGACAUUGACGAGGCUCCAUCGACGAGCCCCAGCAGGAAGACCCCAGACACACGUGUUGUGGACAGUAGUGAGGAGCAGAAGCAGACGGCAGCUGUAGCCCUGUGCCAACUGGCAGCCUACAGCCCAGGGAACGUCCGGGUGGGCGAUGGGGAGACUGUGGCCCAGGAGCCCACCUGUCAGCAAGGCGCACCUACACUCGGUUCCGCAGGCCAGGAGGCUCAGUGUGAUCUCAGACCAAAAGGACAAAAGAGGACAAGUCAAAGGGAUGCAGGAAAAUCCCAGCAAGGAGCUAAGAAAAUGAAGCCACACAACACAGCAAGAGUGUUCACACUACGAAAAAGAACCCGCGUGUCCUAA